AUGUGUCGCAGCAUCACUCAGCGACAACGAUCUCUGAUACGGAGCUACAAAACGCCUGCAUCACUCCCCCUGGAAAUCCCCAUUGACGAAGAAACGAUACCGAAUUACGAUCCUCGUACCUUCUUUCACCCCAAUGUAGGAGACAUACUGGACCAUAGAUAUACUUUAAAAGCCAAGAUUGGCUGGGGAACUUCUUCAACUGUUUGGCUUGCGCAGGAUACUGGUGGCCUGUCAAGUCGCUAUGUAGCCAUCAAGAUCAAUGGCUGUAAAUAUGCGAGCAGAAAAGCUGCCAGGCAUGAGUUGAAGGUGUCCCACCACAUAGCAGGCUCUGAAUUAUGUCACAGAGGACGUAGUAUCGUCAGGACCGCUGUCGAUAGUUUCGAAGUUGCUUCACCAAACGGCUCGCAUCUAUGUUUGGUUUUUGAUCCAAUGAGAGAACCACUGUGGUUAUUCAGACGACGAUUCGGUGCGGACAAAGUGACCCAGCCAUUCCUACCCAUCACCAAGGCAUAUCUGUACUUGAAGUUGGAUAACAUCCUGGUUACCUUCGAGGAUCCAUCAGUUAUUGACAGCUUCGUCCAUGGACAACUUGAAAAUCUUAUGUCGCGGAAAGUACUAUCAGGAAGAACAGUCUGGGACUUGCUUGCUGGCCAGCAACUAUUUCAAGACCACCAGGACGGCAAGAAUCAUAAGUACAGUGCACAGCAUCAUCUAGGAGAGAUGAUAGAUCUGCUCGGACCUGUACCCAAAGUACUGAUCGAACGCGAAAGAAAUAUGCGGCAUUGGAGAUGGAGCCCCGAAGCCCGCAACCCUGAAGGGAAAUUAUGCAACAAUGCUGCAGACUUCUUUGGAGGUCCGUUUUUCACCAAAGAACGCGAGUUUAUGGGCCAUGACUUAAUUGCUGCGCGGAAUCUUGCAGAUAUAGCUCCAGAAUGUGUGAUAAAUGAUGACAAGACCCUCUUCUUAAGCUUUAUGAAGAGGAUGUUGUGCUGGCUUCCAGAAGACAGAGCCAUAGCGAAAGAGCUGAAGGAGCAUCCUUGGCUUGACUUUACCAGAAAUGGUGGUUCCUAA